CUUACAUUUUUUCAUCCAACCCCAAGAAGGGUUCUUCAAUUUUGUAGUUUUUUUCUUUGUGGUGGCCGGGUUAAACUUCAAUUAAUAAUUAUUUGGAGUCCAAACCUUGGCAGCUGGCAUCAAUACCGGCCACCAACAAAGAAAAAAACUAAACAAUAUUAUGGCGAACUGUCAGCAAUAUUAUUUUCUUUUGCUUUCUCUGGCAAUUUUUAUUCCUACCCUGAAUGCCAAUUCCUUAGAGAAAGAUGAGUAUUGGCAGAGCCAUGUCUAUGAGUUUGAUAGUUAUUGGCAGGAAAGGGCAAAAGCCGCUAAAGUGGACAGUCAGGCAGCUUAUUUUGAAGACCCAUAUUCAGUCUCCAGCAACUUCACUUCCAGUGUUAGCGAACUCACAAUUGGCAAGAAGGAUUUACGAAGGAACUUGAAGGGAAAAUAUCGUGGUGACGGUCCAUGCAUAGCCACAAACCCCAUCGACAGGUGUUGGAGGUGUGACCCCAAUUGGGCCAACAAUCGCCAGAAGCUCGCAGAUUGCGUCCAAGGCUUCGGUAGAAACACCGUUGGAGGCAAAGGUGGACCAUUCUACGUGGUCACCGAUCCCUCCGACGAUGAUAUGGUGAACCCUAAACCCGGCACGCUCCGCCACGCGGUCACGCGUGACGGCCCGUUGUGGAUCAUCUUUGCUCGAAGCAUGUUCAUCACCCUCCAACAGGAGCUCAUCAUGAACAGCAACAAGACCAUUGAUGGAAGAGGUGUCGAUGUUUACAUUGCCAAGGGUGCUGGCAUCACGGUGCAGUUUGUGAAGAACAUCAUCAUCCAUGGGAUCAAGGUCUUUGACAUCGUGAUUCGUGAGGGUGGGAUGAUCAGAGAUUCUGAGACACAUUAUGGUUUCAGGACUAAGAGUGAUGGUGAUGGCAUUUCCAUCUUUGGUAGCAGCAAUGUUUGGAUUGACCAUGUUUCCAUGAGAAAUUGUAGUGAUGGACUCAUUGAUGCCAUCAUGGGAUCCACUGCUAUUACCAUCUCCAACAGCCAUUUCACAGACCACAAUGAGGUGAUGUUGUUUGGUGCCAGUGACAGUUAUUCUGAUGAUAAGAUCAUGCAAAUCACCUUGGCAUUCAACCACUUCGGCAAAAGAUUAGUUCAAAGGAUGCCCAGAGUUCGAUAUGGUUUUGUCCAUUCGGUAAAUAAUGACUACACUCACUGGGAAAUGUAUGCCAUUGGUGGUAGCAAGAACCCCACCAUUAUCAGUGAGGGUAACCGUUUUAUUGCCCCUGACAACCAAUUCGCUAAACAGAUUACAAAGAGGGAAUACGCACCAGAAAACGUAUGGGCAAAUUGGCAGUGGAGAUCAAUUAACGAUGUGUACAUGAAUGGAGCAUUUUUUGUGCAAUCUGGGCCUGAGCUGGCUAGCAGACCAUUCUCAAGAGAAGACAUGAUCACCGCUAAGGUAGGAAAUUAUGUAGGAAGGCUUACACGCUAUUCUGGCAACCUGUUGAAGUGCAGAGUGGGUCGCCCUUGUUAAUUAUCCUUUUUCCCAUUAAUUCUCUUCCUCACAAUACCCAUAAUGAUAGAAUGGCCAAGGAUAGAAACAAGAAGAGAGAAAGCAAGAAAAUUGUAUAUAUACGCCAUAUGCUUUUGAAAAAAAUAAAAAAUUGAUUGAUUUUAUCUCA